AUGACGCCCUUGCGGGCGCAAGCACUUCUCGAGCCAGAGGACAGCUCCUCCUCGGACUUUGUCGAGUCGCCCGAGGAGGAGACUUCGCCGGAGGUCUCCGACUCCGAUGGGGGAAACAUCCAGAGUGGAGCCGACGAUCGGCGCGGGGCUAGCGAAGCGUCUCCGUCCCUCACUGUGACGUCGGGUGCCUCCGGAGAGCUCGACACCACUGGGCGAGGAGGCCAGCAGCAGCAACAGCAGCAACAGCAGCAACUGAGGUCGAUUUACUGGCAACAGCAGCAACAGCAGUAA